GUUGUUUGGUGGGUUAGGUAAGCAGUUUUGACGUGAAGUCAUUCUUUACGACCCAGACCCCGCCCUCCCGCGGCGGGUGUCAACCGCAGGGUUCAGGAGUUCUUUCAGAUAUCAGUCGUCAGGUUCCCCCGAGGAGGUGUCUCUGUUCUCCUCUCUGUGUUCAGUGUUUGCUCCAGGUGGACCUCUUCUUCCAGGAUGUCUCCGUCCACGUCCCCCCGCUUCUUCACGGAGAGGGAGGUGGCCCGCCACUGCUCCAAGGACUCCUGCUGGGUGCUGCUGGGGACCCGGGUGUAUGACGUGACCGCCUUCCUGCGGAUGCACCCGGGCGGGGAGGCGCUGAUACGCAGCCGCUCUGGGAAAGACAUAAGCCGGGUGAUGGAGGGUCCCCCGCACCGGCACUCGGAGAACGCGCGGCGGUGGAUGGAGCAGUACUACAUCGGGGAGCUGGACAGGGAAAGCGGCGCGCAUGAGGCACAGGUUCUGAGGGAGAGGAGGACAGCCACCGAACAGACAGAUGAGAAAACGGCGCAAAAAGUGAAGACGGUGGACAAAGAGGACGAGAUUUCCCCUUUCAGCAAAUGCAGUCCUGUGGACCUGGACAAGGAUUUGGUCGACUGGCGGAAACCUCUGGCGUGGCAGGUGGGUCACCUGGGAGAAAAAUACGACGCGUGGGUGCAUCAGCCUGUGGACAGACCUAUCAGACUGUUUGGAAAUCCACUGCUGGAGGCCGGGACCAAAACCUCCUGGUACUGGGUCCCGGUGGUGUGGCUCCCGAUUGUGUUCUAUGUCAGCUGGCAUUGCUACACCACGAUGGCACAGGGCACCUCCAGCGUGCACAUAACUUCAGACUUCUCCAUCCCCAUCCAUAAGUACUCGUUCCCCGUGUUCUUCUUGAUGGGCUGGUUCUUGUGGUCGUUCAUCGAAUACUGCAUCCAUCGCUUCGUCUUCCACAUGAAACCGCCAGCUCACAAUUACUACCUCAUCACGCUACACUUUCUCCUGCACGGACAGCAUCACAAGUCUCCAUUCGACGGCGCUCGGCUCGUCUUCCCCCCCGGCCUGGCCUCUAUAGUGGUUGGGGUGUUCUACAUGACCCUCCACCAGUUGCUUCCAGACAUCAUCGGCUUGUCCGUGUUUGUUGGAGGUCUGUGCGGCUACGUGGUGUACGACAUGAUCCACUACUACCUUCACUACGGCUCUCCGAAGAAAGGCUCAUACCUGUACGACCUGAAGGCGUACCACGUCAAACACCACUUUGAGCACCAGCGAUCAGGAUUUGGAAUUACCACCACAUUCUGGGACCAUCCCUUUAAUACAGUCAUCCCCGAUGAGAAGUUUUAAUGUACAAAAGGGCUCUCUCUGAAAGAGCCACAGGACCUGUCAACGACCCUCUUCACAAUGCAGACACCCCACCAGCACCACUUUAACUCAUCCAUCCUCACAUCAACCAGCAGCUCGUUCUCCUCCAGCUUCCAACGUUAACUCACUGUCAUCAUUUCUGUACAGCUUUGCUUCAAUGAGCCCCCCAGUAAGAGUACCCUGUCUGCGUGGAGCAGAGGAAGAUUGGGACAAACUGAAUCUUUUUGAUUGUUUUCAUAAAAAUCUAACAGCAGAUGCACGCAGGCAAGGAAGUGAUAGAUGGCAGGAGGAUGUGGAAGACUGUCUGAGAAAGUGACCAAGGAGUCGGAUUGUCAGAAAGCCCCCAAACAUCUCGCCAGAGGAACCCAACUCAAGAAAGAGUUACUCCAAUUUGCUCCGCCCUUCUGCAGGUUUUCAGAGCUCUCCGGCUGCUGCAGACGUUUUCACUUUUCUAUAGUUUCAUUUUCCCGUGAACACAAGUUUGGAUUCAAACAUUUGUAUGAGAUUCAAUCCAGAGUAAAGCUUUAACUUAUUGAACACGAGCAUCUCUGCAGCAGUGUGGUUUCACUGUGGAUACGUAAAGCCGAGCUCCGAAUGUUUGAUUCCAGUGUGCACAUUUAUUUCUCUCUGUUCAAAUAUCUGAUGUAUUUUGUUUUCCUCCCCUUCUUCUAUGACUCAGAAAAUGUGUAAAAACAAAAAAUAUAUAUACAUUUAAAAUACUUUGUACAGAAAGGGAGUCGCUUUGACUGCACCAGCUUUAUGUUGUGACUGUGUCGGUGAAUGGAUGCUGUAUGAGUGGAUUUGAAUGGAUGUUGUCAUGGCGAUGGAGAGGCAGAGCUGAACGUAUGAAGCCAGGCAGGUCAGACAUCCUGCUGAUGGGGGGGUCUGAGGGACAAAGAUCUUAUCCAAAUUUUAGUGUAAGAACAUCAAUUUGUUGAGACCACUUGUGUCGGAAGUGCACCUUUUUUUUUAAAAAGAAAUGAAUGUGAUACUUUCAGAAGCACUAGAGACACCUAGUGGCCGUCAAUUGUACUGACACUCUUCUUCACGUUGAAUAAAUCUGUGCCGGAUUUUCCUAACAUUCGCAUCUUUGUCCUGGUCUUUGGCCCCCACACUUCCCUACAGAGGAUGACGAUUUAAACAUUUGACUCGACGGCAGGACGUCUUGGCAAAAACUGGCGGAUCUUCAGCAUGCCUCCUCCAAACGCCUGACAUGAGAGUGAUACAAGAAGCAGAACAAAAUAAGAUGAAACCUUUGUCGCACAGAUAACAAAAGUACGGUGGAGGUUUCAGUGAAACGGUCUACGAGAAAAGUCAUUUAAAAAGAAAACACACACCUUUUUUUGCUUCCUUUUUCAAGAAUUUGUUGAUUCGGAAAAAAAUGUUCAAGAAUGUGGAGGUGGGACUUUACUCCAGAGGUCCAAAACUACCCCCCCAAACCAACAAAUUUUACUCAAGAACUGCAUUGAAAACUCAGAUUAUUAAAUUCAAUAAUUCAAAGAAAUGCAUGUAAUUGGAGUUAAACAUUGUUUUGCAUGCUCAUAUAUUACUACUUUUUUAUUCAUAGGAUGUUUUAGCCAUUCAGACCUAACGUUUAACUACAACCAAAUGAUCAUUUUUCUUCUCCUAAUUUGUAAAAAAGAAAAAGAAAAAUUGGAUUAAAAAGGCCUGUGCGUUUUUUUUUAAAUGACUGCAUUAAAAAAGAAGAAAAAAACACUUUUUAUUGACUUUUAUAACUUUAAAAAUGAUCCCUGCUUGUCAAUUUCCACAAUUUCAUCCAGAUUUGGUGCAGCAACAACAAUGAGAUGGUACUGCUGAAGUGAAAGAGGGUCUGCUGGGAGACGUUUUUACCUGGUUGGCUUUAAGGGAUGAGCUCGAACUGAUUCAGCACCUAAAUGUGUCAUGUCAUCUCCAGAUAACCUUAGAUUCAAACUCAAACCGCUACAUGAUGCUGCUCACAAGUGAUGAUAGAAACAAAUGUUUCAGGUUCUCAAAAGAAGGAUUUUGUUUCUCACAGAGAUGUCUCUCUUUUAAAGAACCUAUAAAUAUAUUUUUUGUAAUAUUUGUAAUGAUUUUGAAAGAAGUUAUGAGGAAACUAAUAAGAAGUGUACUAAUAUGAGCUGAUUGUGACAUAGUUCCAUCUUUUCAAGAAUAAUACCUGCAGAUUCUAUUUAUGUAUAUUUAUGUGAUAAAGAUGAAAACAGCAGCUUGUAAGAUUUGAUUUUUCACACUUCCACUUUUGUGCUGAAAGAUACUGAAUAGAAUAUUAUUUUUCAUCAAUCUGUUUCCUUUUAUGUCUAAAGUUUUAUUUUGGAAUUUUAAUUUUUUGUGCAAAUACAAAAGCUGUUUGUAAAUAAAAGUCUGUAUGUUUCUGAUGA